UAAUGAAGUUAGCAGCAUUGCUUUCCACAUUAACGUUUGUUUGUUUGCCGAUAAAUAACAAAGAUUUUCAAAGAUUUAUUAUAUUAAUUUCUUUGUGUAAUGUUUACAAUUAUUGAGGAAUGUUUAAUGUGUCGUAGAACUUUAAUUUAAAGUAUUUAUUUUAAGUAAUUUAAGUUUUUAACAGUGUUUUGUUAUUCGAGAUUGGAUGAGUACUUUUUCGAUGUCAACAACCGGUGUUUUGAGAACAACAGUUUUCUAUUAGUAGGAUUCUAUGUAAGUUUAAAAAAAAACUAAAAAGGAGUUUGCAGUUUUUUUAUAAGAAAAUGAAUCUUUUCGUCUUGAUAAUUUGUCUACAAGUCGGACAAAUUAUUUCCCAGGAUGUCAACAAUUCUUUGGAACCGUCAGAUUUAGUGAUAGUAAUUAUGAGUCAAUCAAAUCCUUAUCAUAAAGCACAUGCUGAAUUAUUGCAAAAAAAUAUUUAUACACAAGCUGAUUCUAUGGAAAAGGACUAUCCAAUUGUGAUUCUCACACAUGAAUUACAAAUUAAAGGAUCAUGGACAUUUUUACCUUUAUUGCCGCAUUUGUCAUAUAAUUAUCUUAAUAAAAAAUGGUUUCUAUUCUGUUUAGAAAAUACUGUAUUUAAUUUACAAGAACUCAUUAAAGUUCUCUCUGAAUAUAAAUCAAAAAAUAUGUGGGUUUCUUAUGGACUAACUGAUCAUGAUUUAACUAUAAUUCAUCAUUUUGCAAAGAUCAGAGCACCUUUUAAAUAUCCUAAUGAAGCUUCUGGUUUUGCGAUGACUAAAGAUUUUUUAAACAGUAUUGUCACAAAUCAGGAAAGCAGACAAAUGGAAUUUUCUAUAGAUCCUUCUCAUGAAUUGGCUCAUUAUAUCGACGAUAUAAUUAAAGGACCAACUUUAACUCACUCGAGUAAAUUUUGCGUUGUUUCUAAUAGAAAAUGCGCGACUUUUCCACGACAAUUUUAUCCCUGUGAUAAACCAAUUUCAAGUGAAAAAAUUUACGUUGCUGUGAAAACGUGUAAACAAUUUCGAAAUGAUCGAAUACCUAUUAUUUUAAAAACCUGGAGUAAAUAUGCAAAACAUAUUGGAUUUUACACGGACGAAGAAGACAAUAGUUUAAAGAAUUCUCACGUGGUUCCAAGAACUACUUCUGGACACUGUGCAAAAACUUAUCGAAUUUUACAACACGCUUACAAAGUAAUGAGUGAAAAAAAUAUUGAUUGGCUGCUAAUUACUGACGAUGAUACUAUUCUCAGUUUGGCUCGAAUACAAAAAUUAUUAACUUGCUACAAUGCAAAAGAUCCUGUAGCACUAGGACAGCGUUAUGGUUUUCGUUUGAACGACGAUGACGGUUAUGAUUAUUUGACUUCAGGCGCUGGUCUCGUUUUAUCGAAACCAGUAAUUAAAUUAAUGAUUAAUUCGACACAUUGUGAAUGUCCACAUCGAGAAAUAGCUGACGAUAUGUUUCUCUUUGGUCAAUGUCUUCAAAAUAUUGACAUCACUUUAACUCACUCCCCUGCUUUUCAUCAGGCAAGAGCGAUUGAUUAUGCGGCAGGAUACAUAUCUUCCAGUGAACCAGUGUCGUUUCAUAGUUUUUGGAAUAUUAAUCCAGAAGAAAUGUAUAAACAAUGGUUUGCCGAAGAUGAUGAACAUUUCUUUCAUUCAUCAAUAACUCAUACUGAGUUGUAAUUUUUUUAAUAGUCAAUUUGACAACUUUAAAGAGAAAAGAGACAAUGAAGUUUGUGAAAAAAACUUAUUUUUAAAAGUGUGCCAAUAAUAACAGUUAAAAUGUUUACAAUGUUCUAAAUGAAAUGAAUGAACAAUGACUUUUUAUAGAAAAAUGCGUCCUUUUUUCAUAACAAAAACGAAAUUAUGAAUCACUUUAAAGGAAACGGAUUUUCAUUUUCUUGUAAAAAAUGAAGUGAAAACUUAAAUUCAAAUUGUAUAUUUUAAUGUUUCGAAAUAAGAAAUAAUUUUUGGGAAAAAAGUGUUAUGAAGAUAAAACAACAGGGGUACUGAAAAAAAAUCCAGCAAUUUAUAGAAGAAUAAAAAUCUUUAUUAUUAACAA